AUGGAUAUCGUCGAGCUGCUGCUCGGCAAGGGCGCCGACGUGAACGCGCAAGGUGGAACCUACGGCAACGCGCUACAGGCCGCUUCGUCCGGGGGCAAUAAGGAUAUCGUCGAGCUGCUGCUCGGCAAGGGCGCCAACGUCGACGCGCAAGGUGGACCGUAA